AGGCUCGAUCGUCUAGUACUUCUCCUGGAGACAGGAUCGACUGCUGCGGUGAGGGCAACUGCUGCCCAACAAUUGGGCGAUAUUCAGAAGCAGCAUCCAUCAGAACUAUUUAACUUAUUGUCGAGGGUGCUAGUCCAUUUGCGGAGUAAAAGCUGGGAUACUAGGAUCGCUGCGGGACAGGCUCUGGAGGCCAUAGUUUCUAAUGUGCAUCAGUGGGAUCCGUCAGAUAAUGGCAAGUUUCUUCAAAGAGCGAAAACAAAAGCCUCUCGGUACGACCGACUAUCAUUCUCCAACUUUGAUAUUAGUCAAGUACUCCAAAAUGGGAAAUUGCUCUUGGGAUCAGCAGGAAAAGAAUAUGAUCUGGAUCUCAGCGAUCUUGAUCCUGCAGAACGUCUGGCGAUUCAAAGAAAAAAUCUAGCCGCAAAUCUUGGACUCAUGACAUCUCAAUUCAUGGAUGUCGAUCUUGUGGACGAAUCGGAUAUUUCUGGAACAAGAGCUCCAUCUGCUUCAUUAAAGCAGGAACACCCUUCAACACCUUCUACUUCAAGCUCUACCCAUUCGAAACCGCCAUUACCUUCUCCAGGACUUCCAAGCGAAGUAGAUCUAGAGGGGCUCAGUGCACGUGAAAGAAAUAAGCUCAAACGUCGUGCGAAAACAGAUCUAAAGUUUAAAGGCAAAGACAAAGUUCGUGUGAUAGACCUAGCUGGUCGAAGAAAAGGACCAGAUACACCAGGUACACCAAGCACACCAGGACCAGGAGCAGGUGCAGGUGCAGAUGGACAAGAAGGAGGCUAUUUUGAGUUUACUCCUCAAUCAGACUCCAAUAAAGUCGUAGUGGAGGCAAGAUUACCUGUACAAUCAAUAUUGGAGACGUCAACUGAAUGGCCAUUUGAGGGUGUUUGCGACCUACUAUGCAUGGAUCUCUUUGAUCCAUGCUGGGAGAUACGGCAUGGGGCGGGUAUUGGACUUCGUGAAAUUUUGAAAAUUCAAGGCGGCGGUGCAGGAAAGAUUAUAGGAUGCAAGAAAGCCGAAAACGAGACCCGCCAUCAUGAAUGGUUAGAAGAUCUUGCGAUCCGGCUUCUUUGCGUGUUUUCGUUGGAUCGAUUUGGGGAUUUCGUGUCGGACCAGGUUGUUGCUCCUGUAAGAGAAACGUGCUCACAAACCCUAGGCGCUCUGUUGCAACACAUGUCUGACGAAGGAGUGAGAAAUACGCUUGGAGUAUUGAUGCGCCUCAUUUACCAGAAUGAUGUUUUUGAGGAAGGCAUGGAAAGAGACUAUGUCUGGGAAGUUCGGCAUGCUGGAUUGCUUGGGUUAAAAUAUGCUGUGGCUGUUCGGCGGGACCUUCUAGAUAAUGACUCCGCUUGUGGUGCUGACAUUUUGCAGAAUGUAGUUAGCGCUGUUAUUCUGGGUCUCAAGGACGAGGACGAUGAUGUUCGGGCAGUAUCAGCAUCUACUCUUAUCCCCAUCUCUUCUAGCUUUGUCCAUAAACUGCCAGAACGUAUCCCAGACGUUGUCAAUGUUCUUUGGGAUUGCUUAGCUGUCUUGAAGGAUGACCUCACGGCCUCGACAGCCAGCGUUAUGGAUCUUUUAGCUAAGCUCUUUACAUUCCCAAGCGUUCUUGACUUUAUGAUUCACACCAAGGAUGAGAAGCAUACACUGGUAAAUCUUAUCCCUCGCCUCAACCCAUUCUUUCGUCAUACUAUUCCUGGCGUUCGUAUGGCGGUUUUAAAUGCAAUGUUGACAUUUCUCAAGUUAAAGUCGAUUGCAGAGUGGGUGGAUGAGAGAGUGGUCCGCAUGGCUUUUCAAAAUUUGAUUGUGGAGGAGAAAAAAGAGAUCUUGGAGCUGUCAUUAACUGUCGCGACUGCAUUGAUUGAACACAUAUCCGCCUCAGGGUCAUUGCUGAUCACAACUGUCAUAGGUCCUCACCUGUCAGCAUUUUUCAACUUGUUGCUCACACCCAUUGGGACACCGUUGGACACCCGUCUUUUUUAUUCACCAACAGGACAGGAGAUUGCUAAUGUUGUUGACACCCCCACCCGCGGUAGAAAAGCUCAAUCUGCACAGACUCACUCUCAUAAUGUUGAUAUAGGGAUGCUGAAGCAGGACUUGGCAUUGGUGUCAACAGAAUCAAUCAUUCGCUGUCGUCUAAACGCAUGCAAGGCACUUGGACUGAUCAUGGCGACCUGGCCUUUAGAUCAGUUAGAAGAAACAUUCUACAGCAUAUUACAGCCUCACUUCACUUCCUCUUGGGCAAUGCGUCGUCAAAUGUCAGCGAUUGUGAUCGCGGAGUGGGCUUAUGCAUUUAAGGAGCGUACAGGAGUAUACCCAACAGAAGCUGGACUUCCAUUUGGUCUUCGCACCUCCUCAGCCUUAACAGAAUGUCUCAUAUCGGACCCACCACUCAGCUAUCUCGAGAGUCUCACAGUCUUAAAGGGUGUCCGGGUUGAAAUCCAGACAAUGCUCAACGCGUUCGUCAGUGAUGGUAAAGUGCCACAGACGAGUAUUCCUGCUCUUCCACCAAUUGCAGGAGCCGAUAAUAAUGGAGGCGCCAACGACUUCACAAUUGACUAUGCACGUGAGCUUGCGGCCAACACUGCACCUGAGUUGAUGAAUCAGAUUGGAGCACGAUCUCGCAAGACCGCUGUACCCUUGCUGAGCGGUCGACUGGAGCGCGUUAUUGCCAGUAUUGGUUACUUUGAGACUAUCAAGGAGAAAGCAGAUUUAUAUGUUGCAGCGGCAGUUGGUUCAGCAGUCAUCAAUUUAGGUACACUUCCUGCCAAACUGAAUCCAGUGAUUAAUAGUGUUAUGAAGAGUGUCAGGAGCGAAGGGAACAUGGAUCUUCAGAUGCGCUCCGCUUCGACUCUGGCUAGUCUUGUAAUCCUAUGCAAUUCGCCGUUCUGCAACCUACGCGUAAUUCCUACGCCCAAAUUGAUCAAGAAUCUUGGACGAUACCUCUGCGGCGACACAACUAUUACCCCGUCACUGGAUCAGGAUUCUUCGCUCGAAGGCAUUUUUUCACUUAAGAGGUCCAAGGAGGCUGCACUCGACAGUAAGAUUGUGGGUGGACGGGGCAUGGAGGAUGUUAAAAUAUCUGCCAAAGAUACAAAGGUUGCUGAGGACGAUGAAACCCGCUUGACUAGACGUGGCGCGGAGGCAGCUUUCAAGGAGUUCGCUGUACGAUUUGGAUCAAACUUGUUUUCAGCAGUCCCAAAGGUCUGGGAGUGCAUGAGUUCACCAUUGAUAUCUUCAUUCGCACAGGGACCAGUGAUCGAGCCUACUAGUUUACAGGCAGAUGACUGGCAUGAUAUUAUCGAUGCUCUUGAAAUCACAAAAACUCUAGUGCCUCACAUACAUCCAGAUUUAUACCCAUCUAUUGAGCAGCUGAUGCCGCAUAUUGCCACGGCAUUAGUAUCCCCUUUCACUGUCGUACGCCACGCCGCAGCAAAAUGCCUCUCUGUAAUUUGUGAUGUAAUCACAGUGCCUGGAAUGCAUCUGGUGAUUGAUCGUGUUGUCCCAUAUAUCGGAGACAGUGCUAAUGUGAUCCGUCGUCAGGGGGCAGUCGAGAUGAUCAAUGAAGUGGUUCAGAAAAUGGACGCCAAGAUCUUGCCAUAUGUUGUGUUCCUGAUUGUACCCAUUCUUGGGCGCAUGAGUGAUCCGGAUGAGCCUACGCGUUUAGUAUCAACAAAUUGCUUUGCACAUUUAAUCAAGCUUGUACCGUUAGAGGCUGGUAUCCCAGACCCCCCAGAGAUGUCUGCUGAGAUGCUACAACAACGCCAGGAAGAGCGACAGUUCUUAAUGCAACUAUUAGAUAGUAAGAAGCUGCAGCCCUACAAAAUUCCAAUCACGAUCAAAGCGGACUUGAGAAAGUACCAGCAGGAGGGCGUCAACUGGCUUGCUUUUCUGAACAAGUACCAACUACAUGGUAUCCUGUGCGAUGACAUGGGAUUGGGAAAGACCCUUCAAUCGAUCUGCAUGCUUGCUAGUGAUCAGCAUGACCGUCAAGUCAAGUUCGCAGAGACGGGACUCCCUCAGUAUGCUCACUGCCCAUCGCUCGUGGUUUGCCCUCCUACACUAACGGGUCAUUGGUAUCAUGAAAUCUUACAGUAUACAGAUAAUUUAAAGCCUAUUAUGUAUACUGGUGGCCCAGCUGAACGGAAAAGGCUUCGAUCUGCAAUCCCUAAACACGACGUUGUAAUCAUGUCUUAUGAUGUGGUCCGAAACGACAUUGAGGACUUGGAGAAAAUCAGAUGGAACUAUUGUAUCUUGGAUGAAGGACAUAUUAUCAAGAAUGGAAAGACCAAGAUUACCAAGGCUGUUAAGAUGGUUAAGGCUAAUCACCGAGUCAUAUUGUCAGGAACGCCUAUUCAGAACAACGUGCUUGAAUUAUGGUCCUUGUUUGACUUUUUGAUGCCAGGUUUUUUGGGAACAGAGAAACAAUUUAAUGACCGUUUUGGAAAGCCUAUUCUCGCGAGUCGUGACAGUAAAAGCUCAUCUCGGGAGCAAGAGGCCGGUAUAUUGGCACUUGAGGCUCUUCAUAAGCAAGUAUUGCCGUUCUUAUUGCGUCGACUAAAGGAGGAUGUGCUAAGUGAUCUCCCACCCAAGAUUAUCCAGGAUUAUUAUUGCGAGCUUAGCGAUCUUCAAAAGCAGCUGUACGAAGACUUUUCAAAGUCACAUAUCAAGCAUGAAGUGGAGGAGGAAUUGACGGAGGAUGUCAAGGCUGAUCCGCCACAAAAAGCAACACAUAUCUUCCAAGCCCUUCAAUAUCUCCGCAAGCUCUGCAACCACCCGCUUUUGGUCGUGAACGAAAAUCACCCAGAGUACGGCAAAGUCAUGAGACAACUGAAGGCCCAUAAUCAGUCCCUUCAUGAUAUUAGUUUUGCUCCAAAAUUGCAAGCCCUGAAGCAGUUACUCAUAGAUUGCGGUAUUGGACUGAAGUCCAUAUCGGAAUCCAACGCUGAUGUGGAGGCUUCUUUGAUUACUGGAGGUGGUUCAGCAGUAAGUCAGCACAGAGCGCUUGUCUUCUGCCAACAAAAGGCAAUGCUCGAUAUUAUUGAAAACGAUCUUUUACGACCUCUGUUGCCUUCGGUUUCAUAUAUGCGACUCGAUGGAGCAGUUGAUUCCUCUCGGAGACAUGGAAUUGUUCAAAAGUUCAACGCAGACCCUUCAAUUGAUCUUCUUCUUUUAACGACUCAUGUUGGAGGACUGGGUCUCAACCUUACAGGAGCUGACACUGUUAUCUUUGUGGAGCAUGACUGGAACCCUAUGAAGGAUUUACAAGCCAUGGAUCGUGCACAUCGUUUGGGACAGAAAAAGGUCGUCAAUGUCUAUCGGUUGAUUACCAAGGGCACUCUUGAGGAGAAGAUCAUGGGGUAA